GUCUGUCUUUGACACAUUCCGCGUUGUUGUCUUUUUUUUUUCCAACGCUGAGGUUUGGAGCAACUUCGUUCACUCUACAUUCCUCAUACACUACACUCUGCGACAACCACAACGAUGCGGUUCCUAGCCAUCCUCCCAGUGCUAUGCUGCACAGCAGCCCUCAUCCUCUCCUUCCUCUGCCUCUUCGCCGGCCACAAAAAGGGCUUCAUGGAAGACUAUUCCCUAAUCACGCUCAACACGUCGGCCGUGGGCGAAAACAUCAUCACCAGACCUUCCUCGUCCUCGUCCACCCUCCAGAACCUCUGGGACCUAAUCCCCGACUCCAUCACCGACGGCGUAACAAACGAAAUCAACGAACAAGUCGACAAAUUCCGCGAGCGUGUCGGCAUCCAAGACUUCUACUCCGCUCACCUGCUCAACUACUGCGAGGGCCAAUACACACCGGGCGAAAAAGCAAACGCCACACUCUCCGAAUCCGACAUUAGUAAAAACGUUACCGAGUGCUCGAAAUCGCGGGCGACGUAUAAAUUCAACCCUACGCAGAUUAUUCAGUCUGCUCUUGAUAAAUCGGGCGUCGAUGUCACGCUGUCGGACUUGAACUGGCCAGAGGACCUGCAAAACGGCAUCGACGCUUUAAACGCCCUCAUGGCUGCCAUGUUCGUCCUCUACGUGCUUGCCAUCUGUCUAAUCUUCCUCACCUUGGUCGCAUCCGCCCUCUCCUUUUUCCUAGCCACAACAUCACGACUCACGCCGUGUGUAAACUUCCUCCUCGCUCUCCUUGCCUUUUUGGCGAUUGGCCUGGCAAGUGCGCUUGUGACGGCGGUUAUGGUAAAGGGAACGGAUGUGCUUAAUGAACAUGGCGAUGCUGUGGGCUUGGAGGCGGAUCGCGGAAACAAGUUUUUGGCAAUUACGUGGGCGGCCACGGGGCUGAUGUUUGUGGCUGUUGUUGCGUGGGUGGUGGGCUUUUGUGUUAGGCCAAGGGAGAAGAGGAGGGGGUAUGGGGAGAAGGCGCAGAUGGCGCAGCAUAGGAAUGCUUAUGAUUAG